CUGGAGACGAUUUGCAUCGCACAGUGCACGUAGGCCUGCCCGCAAACGCAAGAAAACAGACGAUGGCACCUCCGAGCAAUCGUCGCCGGUGAGGCUGCAAGGGUUAGUCUAGCGUUCGUGACCGCUUACGUACUCUCUCUCUGAGGCUGCCCGCCUUCACGAUGCGACGGCGCCAUGCCUGGGCAGCCCUGACACUGUGCGCCGCCGCCGAGCUGCGCCUAGAAACCGACAUCUCGCUGGAAGUCCUGAUGGACGACGAGCCGAAGACGCUGCGCGCGCGCCUCGACGAGGACCCGGAGACCGCGGCGCGGGCGUUCUGCGCGGCGGCGGCCGUCGCCGUCGAGUGCGAGGAACGAGUCAGUCAGGCGCUGCGCGCGGAGCAGAACGCCGUCCGCGUCCGGACCAACCAAGUAGCACCGGAAGAGCCACCGAAACGGCUCCCGCGGCGGCAAGCACCGCCGCGCAAGGAGCCCGACGCCAUGGAGACGAGCGCGACGGUGAGCGUGUCGCUCGUCGUCGACGGCCGAGGAUAUCAAAUAGAGGCGGGCAUCGACGAGGCGCCCGCCGCCGCGGCGGCACGUUUUUGUAGGGAACGGAACGUCACGCCCCGCGACUGCAACGUCAUCAGUCUGGCCCUUGCAGAGAAGCAAACCGAGGCGCGAGCCGGGCGGCGCAGCUCGGACGAUAAAGCUGCGGACCUCGCGCGACAAAGGCUGGAUCAUGACGAGGAGGGCUGGGGCGACCACCUCUUCUCCGGCGCUGUUUCGGACGAGGCGCCGCCUCCCGUCAAACACGAUGUGGCGGAGGCGACCUCGGUCGACUACUCCGUGCGCGUGCCGCCCUCGUUGCGCGUAUCCUUCCGCGGCCGCGACGGCGAGGUUGUCGUCGAGCGGUACCUCGGCGAGAGCGCCGAGGCCGCGGUCGCGCGCGCGUGCCGCGCCGCCAAGGCCUCACCGGACGAGUGCGCGGACCUACAGAGCGCCUUCGCGUGCAAGGUGGCGCCGUCCGCGGACUGCGAGGCCGACCAGGCGCGCAAGGGCGCGGAGCCGGCGCGCCUCGAGCGCCUCCGCCGGCUCUCGACGCUCGGAGCGCUCGCCGGCGCCGUGGCGAUCGCGUACUUCCAGCACCGGGCUGCCCAGGCUGGUGUUUAAUUGUUUUCUUGUGGUUUA